UGUUUUCCCCGCCUAGACCUUUAUGAGAGGGCAGCUGGGAGGCUGGGAGCGAGUCGCGAGUGGGUUGGCUCCGCGGCGCUCUAGAACCCUGAUGCGCCCGGACGUUCCAGAACCCUGAUGCGCCCGGACGUUCCAGAACCGUGGCCCCCCGGGCCCCCCCCCUGCCGCGAAACUGACGUGCCCAGGCGCUGCCCGGCCCGCGAUGCACCUUCACCCUCCGGACAGAUAACCGGGUCCGAGCGCUGGCGCAGAGCUCGCCCCACGUCUCCCCCGCACCCGAGUCCCUCCCCACCCCGAACGGCACCAUGAUCGUUGCAGACUCCGAGUGCCGCAGCUGCACGGGCAUCGCGAGCUACUUGCCCUGCGAAGGAUGUGGCGAGUUGCGGAGUAAGGAGGACGGAGGAAUAAAAAUCCCCCGGCAGCUGGGAAGAGGCCCAAGCUCCUUCAUCCCUGUGGAAGAGGUCCUGCAGGGGGGUACGGAGAGGGCCCAGCGGCAGCUCCUCAUCGAGGCGUUCGUCUCCAUGGGCAGGGUGGAUAACAUCACCAUGGUGAUGGGGCUGCACCCGGAGUACCUGGCCAGCUUCUGGAAGAGGCUGUAUCUGCUGCUGCACAUGGACGGGCCCCUGCCCUACCACAAGCGCCACUACAUCGCCAUCAUGGCAGCGGCCAGGCACCAGUGUUCCUACCUGGUUGGCUUCCACGUGGCGGAGUUCCUGAAGGUGGGCGGGAACCCGGCGUGGCUGCAGGGCCUGCACUGCGCCCCCCAGAAACUCAGGAACCUCAGCGAAAUCAACAAGAUCCUAGCGCACCGGCCCUGGCUCGUCACCAAGGAGCACAUAGAAGCCCUCCUGAAGACGGGCGAGAACAGCUGGUCCCUUGCAGAGCUCAUCCAGGGCCUGGUGCUCCUCACGCACUACCACUCGCUCGCCUCCUUCGUCUUCGGCUGCGGCAUCAACCCAGAGGCGGAGCCGGAGGGGAGCCACCCCUUCCAGCCGCCUUCGCCACGCAGCUGCCAGAGCAGCCCAGCCUCUGAGGACGGAGUGAGCGGCUCCAGCGGCAAAGACGCCAUGCAGGAGGUGGAGGUGCUGAUGGCGAGGAUGAAGCUCCUACAGGAGUGCCAGCUGGAGGAGGAGGGGGUCACGCAGGAGGAGAUGGAAACCCGCUUCGAGCUGGAGAAGACGGAGAGCUUGCUUGUGGCCCCCUCGGUGGAUAUCGCUGAGCACGUGCUGCCGCCUGACGUCCUGUGCUUCGUGGAGGACCCGGAGUUUGGAUACAAGGAUUUCACGAGGAAAGGGGAGCAGGCCCCGCCCACCUUCCGAGCGCAGGAUUACACCUGGGAAGACCACGGCUACUCGCUGAUCAACCGCCUGUACCCCGACGCGGGGCAGCUGUUGGACGAGAAGUUCCAGGUGGUCUAUAACCUGACCUACAACACCAUCGCCAUGCACAGCGGGGUGGACACCACCAUGCUCCGCAGGGCCAUCUGGAACUACGUCCACUGUGUCUUCGGGAUCAGAUACGACGACUACGACUACGGGGAGGUGAACCAGCUCCUGGAGCGCAGCUUGAAAGUCUACAUCAAAACGGUGGCCUGCUACCCGGAGAAGGCCACCCGGCGGAUGUACACCCACUUCUGGAGACACUUCAAGCACUCCGAGAAGGUGCACGUCAAUCUGCUGUUGCUGGAGGCCCGGAUGCAGGCGGCCCUGCUGUACGCGCUGAGAGCCAUCACCCGCUACAUGACCUGACAGGGCUGUGCUCCCCACGCCCUGCCCGGGACGCGCCUCGCUGGGCAGCGCUGGGGAGCCUGAUUUCACAGACUUGGGUUCGGAACCUGUCCGAAGAGACAUGGGGGGGCCCUGGAUCGAUGGGCUGGCUGGGGGGCUCCCUCCCCCCCACUCUCCUGGGGCCCCUCAGGCCAUUAACCGCCAAACUGUUCAGCCCUUCCCCCGUGCAAUGAAGACCCACCCCCGCCAUGCCUGGCGUUCCCAUGGCUGCUGCCCAGCAGGAGCCCUCCUGCGCCCUCCCGGGGGCCGGGCUCCACGGGGAUACUCUUGCUGCUGCCUAGGACCUUGGGGAGGGUCACCGAAGCUGAUGUGCCUUUAUAGUGUUCGCGUGUAAUGAAAUUGGACUGAGCUCCCUUGCCGGCUGCGGCUGCCCCCUCGGCCACGCGCGCUCCCUGAGCCUGGUGACUAGUGUGCGGGCCAGGGGAGAACUGAGCGGCCGUGCCUGGCGCAAGGAGCCUUGCCUC